GAUCGUGCAGCGUGCAUGUGGUUUUCAAAUAAUCGUAAAUAAAGAGAUUCAACGGAAGCUCACUUGAGCUACAUGCUAGCUGCCAACUGAAACACGGAAGGUUGACUUGUGUUGUUUUUUUUUUGUUUUUUUUUACUACGUUUUGUUUCAGAAGUCUGACAAUGGUCCGCUACUCUCUCGAUCCCGAGAACCCAACAAAGUCGUGCAAGUCCAGGGGCUCCAACCUGCGGGUGCACUUUAAGAACACCCGUGAGACGGCCCAGGCCAUCAAAGGCAUGCACAUCCGCAAGGCCAACAAAUACCUGAGAGACGUCAUCGUCAAGCACCAGUGUGUCCCCUUCCGCCGCUACAACGGCGGCGUGGGCAGGUGUGCUCAGGCCAAACAGUUCGGCUGGACGCAGGGGCGCUGGCCCAAAAAGAGUGCCGAGUUCCUGCUGCACAUGCUCAAGAACGCAGAGAGCAACGCGGAGCUCAAGGGUCUGGACGUGGACUCCCUGGUCAUCGAGCACAUUCAAGUCAACAAGGCGCCAAAGAUGAGGCGACGUACGUACCGCGCGCACGGCCGCAUCAACCCGUACAUGAGCUCGCCGUGCCACAUCGAGAUGAUCCUCACGGAGAAGGAGCAGAUCGUUCCCAAGCCGGAGGAGGAGGUGGCCCAGAAGAAGAAGGUUUCACAGAAGAAGCUGAAGAAGCAGAAGCUGAUGGCGCGCGAGUAACUUGAAAUAAAAUCCACUUGUCAUCAGGA